AAAUGCUAUGCACCAGGAUGCAGUUAUUAAGACUGUAGAGGCGAAGAUGUUUUACAAACAAUUCUGUAUAUUUCCCCUUUCAGGCACAAACUGGCUACUUCAAAUCUUAACUGAUUUGGCAGGCAUAUUUGAAAAGGAAAUGCAGAAUAAAGCAAGCAGUGUGAAUUAUGAAGAAACAGAAUUCCCCUACCUUGAAAUUGGGGAUACUGAGAAAUUUGAGCGAAUGAAAAAAUUAUCUUCUCGAAGAGUUAUAUGUACUCAUCUCCUUCCUGAAAAUCUCCCUAGGUCUGUCUUCAAAAAUAAAGCCAAGAUAUUGUUGCUUGUUCGCAAUCCAAAAGAUUUAGCUACAUCUUUUUACCAUUUUACCAAUGGCGUGCCUCCUCUUCCGUCCUAUGAUACCUGGGAUGAUUUCUUCAUAGCUUUCAUGACAAAGAGAAUGCCCUGGGGAUGCUACUUUGAAUAUCUUUCCAAAUGGAACAAAUAUGUUGAUGAUGAAAAUGUUAUGGCAAUAACUUACGAAGAGCUAAAAGAGAAUCCGGUCCCGGGUGUGAAAAACAUAGCUGCUUUCUUUGGGAUUUCCCUGACUGAGGAAGAGCUUCAGAGCGUGGUAGAGAGGAGCAACUUCCAAGCAAUGAAGAAUAACUGUCACAAGACCCAUGGGACCCUUGGCCAUAUUCUCUUUCGCAAAGGUGGUGUAACUGACUGGAAGAACCUUUUCACUGAAGAUCAGAAUGAGAAAAUGGACAAAGCAUUUGAAGAACAUAUAGGAGGAACUAAACUGGGAACAAAGUUAAAGUAUGAAGUGUACUGUAAAGCCUGA